CUUACAAGACAUGCGACAUCUGGUUACUGUUUUUCUUACGCGGAUGUAACAAACUAGUCUUGAAUAGCUACCCACUCUACCCAACUUUAUCAUCCUCAUCAUAUUUCCACACCACUGGUCUUGAAUCUCUUGACUAGUGUUCUUUCUUUCUAAGCAACUUAACAUACGAUUUUUUCUUUUAAAUCAGGGUUUUCAACAAAUUUCAAGUUGUUAGCUAUUUUGAUUUAUAACUCCUUGUAGUCUAAUGAUAUUGUGUUAUUACUAGUGAAUUUUAAUUUUUUUUAAAUCAAUUGUUAUGUUUCAAUUGCUUGCUGUUUCUACUUCUUUCCAAUUCUCCCAUGAUUUGGAAAUUCACAAGUAUCAUGGAUAUACUAACAACAACUUAUAUAAGAGUGUGGUGGGAAGAGGUGGAUUGAAUUUUUCAAAGGUUUCCUCACUUUCAUCAGCCGAUACGCACUUGGAUGAUUUUGGUCUUCAUCCUUUAGAUACUAAACACAAGCCCUUACCUUUUUCACCUUCAAAGUACAAUAUUUUCGUGUGCCGAUCUUCCCUAGUGCCUGGGUUAGAGAAUGCGCCGAUUCUAAAAACUGCUGUUACAGCUCUAACAAGAUUGUAUGGUUCUUCAACUGGAAAUCGGUGGUUGAUUCAAUUGGCUCCUGCAGUUGGUAUCAUUGCCUUUGCUUUUUAUUUUCUGGAGCCACUCUUGAGAUAUAGCAGGAACUUUGUCCUCCAUAAGAGUGACAAUAUUUGGAAAAAGAGUAGCACACAUUACGUUAUGACCUCUUAUCUUCAACCUUUGCUGCUCUGGGUUGGAGCUUCACUUGUAUGCAGGACGCUGGAUCCAUUAGUUCUGCCAACAGUUGCUAGCCAAGCUGUAAAACGCCGUCUUUUGAUUUUUGUGAGAUCUUUAUCGACAGUAUUGGCUGUUGCAUAUUGUCUAUCAAGCUUUAUCCAACAAACACAGAAAUUAUUUGGGGAGACAAAUGACUCAAAUGAUUCAAGAAAUAUGGGUUUCCAGUUUGCUGGGAAAGCUAUAUAUAGUGCAGUAUGGGUUGCCUCUGUUUCCUUAUUCAUUGAAUUACUCGGUUUCUCUACCCAGAAAUGGCUUACUGCUGGAGGUCUUGGUACUGUAUUGUUGACACUCGCUGGUCGAGAGAUAUUCACAAACUUCCUCUCGAGUGUGAUGAUCCAUGCAACACGACCAUUUGUUCUGAACGAAUGGAUCCAAACCAAGAUUCAAGGAUAUGAAGUUUCUGGAACUGUUGAGCAUGUAGGUUGGUGGUCACCGACAAUUAUAAGGGGGGACGACCGUGAAGCAGUUCAUAUUCCAAACCACAAGUUUACAGUGAGCGUUGUAAGAAAUCUCAGUCAGAAGACUCACUGGCGUAUCAAAACCCACCUUGCCAUUAGUCACCUGGAUGUCAAAAAGAUAAAUAUUAUUGUAGCAGAUAUGCGUAAGGUCUUAGCCAAAAAUCCUCAAGUAGAGCAUAAGAAAUUACAUAGAAGAGUGUUCCUCGACAAUGUUAAUGCAGAAAAUCAGGCUCUACUGAUUCUGGUUUCCUGCUUCGUGAAGACGUCACAUUUUGAAGAGUACCUGUGUGUGAAGGAAGCUAUAUUACUGGAUCUUCUCAGAGUUGUUAGCCAUCACCGAGCGCGUCUUGCGACUCCCAUUCGUACUGUUCACAAAAUGUACAAGGAUGCUGACAUGGACGCCGUUCCUUAUUCAGAGACGAUCUUUACUCGUACCAGACCUUCUACCGUCGAUCGUCCCUACCUACUUAUUGAACCUUCAGUUAAAGUCAAUGGUGAUGAAAAACUGAAAGCUCAAGCUCGCCCAUUACGUACAGCAGGGGAAGAAGAAGAAGAGGUUAUUGCUGCAGAAACUCCGGUGUCUAUGACUAGUAAUGCAGAUAUUAAGGUCCCAAUUGCGGCAGACAACAAGGUAGAUGACGAAAUUACAUCAAUGCCAUCUGACACUAAAGUAAGUAGCAAUCUCACGGAUAAAUCCUCCAGCUCCACAGUUGACUCAAAACCAUCAAUUCAUGACCUGAAGACAAGUUCCAAGGGUGUUGUUCCAUCAUCAUCAUCAGAAAGUAAAAUCUUAUCACCAUCUAAGGUUAAAGAAAACUCCAACAAGCAUCCUAGUGUGGCUGAAACUGUGAAAACGGGGAGAACAUCGCCAGAAUCACAAGAAGAUGGUCAAGUCUCAAUGGAUCUGGGUUCUAAAGAAUCGGGUGAUUCUACAACCUUGGUUAACUCAGUUGACAAGCAAGAAAGUGAGAAAGUGCCAGUCGCCCCGCCAUCUAGACCUAGUCUUGAAGAAAAUAUGGUACUUGGGGUUGCACUAGAUGACUCAAGGCAGAUGCUACCGAUCGAGGAAGAAAUGGAAAGUUCAUCUCAGAAAGCUGCAAAUGCUAAGGAAUUGGCAGCUUCUAUCACUGGUAACGAUUCUUCAUCCGCUGGGAAGGACAAAAAUGUUGGUAAUCCCCCAACCGUAUCUGGCGGUGAUCAGAGAGAUCAAGAAAGAUAGACAACCGUAUCAGGUGGCUUUAAGUAGUUUUAUAUAUAUGUUGACAGAGGAAAUAAAUUUCUGAUCAAAACAAAAAAAACAAAACAAAACAAAAAGACAGAGAAAAUGUGUUAUUUUUUGUAAAAUGCAGUUUGUAUACUUUCUUAUAAAAAAGUAAGAAUGUAAAUAUAAUUACAUGGCAGUAGAGAUCCCUUUUGGUAUUUUCACAAUUUUAAAGGAAAAGACUAGAGGUCAAUGUUUCACUA